CUUCAUCCAGGAAGAGCGAAAGAGAGCCACAGGGACGCGGGACAUUAAUGCAUUGCGCUGCAAGCAUACGCUCUAUAGUCUCAAUUCGUACAAAUAUUUUUUUUUUUUGUAUCAGAACGGUGCUGUUAUGUCUUUCCAUGUCAUAAGCGAUUUCAAGAAUUGAGAUUCGAUAAAGUCAAACACGGCAUUGUAUAACCCGCCCUCUGGCGAAGCCUCUUUAUAUAGCGGAAGCAGGAAGCGUUGUAGCAGAGCAAAGCAUUGUGGGAUGGGUAGUCGGCUAGUUGUGAGGCUUUUAGCAGGCGCUUUGGCAUAGGCUGCCGUGUUAAAGAUCCACCUGAUCCAGGUGUGUUUGUACUUCCGUCAAGAUCUGUAGAUGUUGAACCGUCGACCGUACCGCGAGACAUCAUCUUCUGCAAGGCGCCCAAUUGAGGACAAGGAAAGCCAGAUUCGCUGAGGAGCUGUUGUUAGAAAGUCCAGAGUGAAUUCAGAUCACAGGAAAAUGCCAAAAUGUAUAGUGACCAAAUGUCCACACAAGACUGGACAGAAAGAACUGUAUCCAUCUGUCAUCCUUCAUCCAUUUCCAGGAAAUAUUGAAAAAAUAAAACAGUGGUUAUUGCAAACUGGAGAGGACUAUGGUGACUAUGAAGUAUUUGCAGAAAAGGUACUAGAAGCUAAAAAAACAGAUGCAUAUCGGAUAUGUUCACGACAUUUUGCUGAAGAUCAAUAUGUGAAGAGAGGUCCUCGUAAACUUCUUAGUAAAGAUGCAGUUCCCACUAUUUUCAGCAACCUUCACCCUUUAAUUCAGCUUCACAGCAUCACAGGACCCCCUCCAAGGAAAAGAAGGAGGGGAGAUGACAAGGAGUGGGUCCAAUCAACUUCCAGUAUAGUCCGUAUAGUCUCUCGAGCAAGAACCAUUGGCACUCAGACCGAUCCUGGAUUUUUGAAGAGAACUUCUGAAAUGAACACCGUUCCCUUAUCAUUGAUGUGCUCCUCGUAUACGCAAAGUGAGCUACCUUUUGAGGUGACGCACAUGCAAUGCCAAAACAGUGAAGAGUCAGAUCGUGCAGAGUUCUGGAGAAUUGAAAAGGAUCACCUGUAUCCUACCAGCUUCUCUACAACCUCCAAACCAAUCCAAUGGCAGACCGGUGAAUAUUCAGAGCCUGCAAAGUUGUGGAGAGUUAAAGAGGAUCACCUAUAUUCUAUUGGCUUGUCAAAACCUGCAAAACCAUGCAUCUUAACUAUUCAAACACAAAAAUCAACAAGCGGUCAUAUGCCUGACACACCUUCAAUUCAAGAAAAAGAGGUGGCUGAAGUGGCACUAGAUACUUCAUUUUCCACUUCCGAAGAUCCAAAUGACCCAACUUUAGGCCCUCUUGAGUACAUGUGUGCUAACACGUCACAGGAUGCUAUAGGAUCCACGCUGAAAUCGAAUGACUGCAACCAACCCAACAAACCCAAUUAUAUCGCUGACAGAAAAUUUAUCAUUUUCGAAAGCUGUUUGGAUAAAUUACUCAGGCUCAUUCCUUGUCAGCACAAUGAGAGCGAAAAGUGUGAAGCUCCAAUUGCAGAAAUACAAAAACAUAUAGAUGGUUCUAUGGUCAAAAUACAACUAUUGUGCCAUAACAAUCACAAGUCCCUUAAUUGGAAUUCUCAGCCAAUGACUUCAGACAUUGCAGCGGGCAAUAUAUUAAUGUCUUCGUCUAUUAUUCUAAGUGGAUCAUCAUUCCAGAAAGUAAAAGAAAUGUACGACCUUUUUGGUGUACAGGCAAUUUCCCAUACAACAUUUUGCCAGCACCAGAACAAAUAUAUUUUCCCAGCAAUUGACUGGAACUGGAAAAAAGAGCAGCAGGAAAUGUUUAAGGAAAUUGGAGAGGAUGCAGUUGUCCUUGCAGGAGACAGGCAGUUUGACAGCCCCAGGAAUUCUGCAAAUUACUGCAUUUAUUCGUUAAUGACCAUCCCCACACAAAAGAUUGUAAAUUUUAGAAUUCUACAGUUGGAAGCUGGUCAAAAACCAGUGGAAGUGGAAAAAGCUGCUUUUCAGGACUGCCUUGAUGAGCUGCUUUCCAAAAAAGUUACUGUGAAGCUGGUGGCUACAGACAGACAUGUUCCCAUCCGUCAAUUGAUGGCCACAAAGUACAAAAACAUAAAGCAUCAGUUCGAUGCCUGGCACCUGUGCAAAUGUGUUGCCAAAAAAAUCACAGCAGCAAGUAGACAUCCCAAGUGCAAAGAUCUUACUUGGUGGAUAACCCCUAUUCAAAAUCAUCUUUGGUGGUGUGUGCAGACAAGUAGGCAAAAUCCAGAUGUACUCAUUGAUAAGUGGCAAUCCGUUUUGUUCCAUAUUGCUGAUGUACACAGUUUCCCAAGGUUAAACCAUUACAAAAGGUGUAUGCAUAGAACUUUCACUCCACAAAAGAGAAAGGAAGUCAAGUGGAUAAAGCCAAACCAUCCAGCACACAGAGCCCUUGAGAAAAUUGUAAGCGACCCAGCACUUCUAAGAGAUUUGCGACACAUCACCAAGAUCGGUCAUACCCCACAAUUCGAGGUCUAUCGUAGCAAGUCCUUGAAAUAUAGAUCUAAGAGUUACUCCUAUAAAAUGGACUCCGCUUAUGCUAGAACGAUAUUGGCAAUUCUGUCAAACAACCACAGUGUGGGUAGAGAGAGGCCAAUGCCACUGAAAUCUGACUUGCCAGUCAGAGAAAAAAGCUACCAAACCGUGUUACCCAUGCAGGAAAAGAACUGGCGAACACCGAUUUACAGACAAGGUGUGGAGAACCAUCUAUUCAAGCUACAGAAUGACUGCUUGAGCAUAAUGAGUGGAGACAUUCUCUCAUGAAUGAAUCUCAAAAUUGCCAAGGAACAUUGCCAACACAGAGACUUGAGAGAAGUUUUGUGACUGAAAAUCAUUUGUCGAAUGUAGUUAAUCUGAAACUCAUUUGCUUAAAACAGUGGUCCCAGUUGCCUCAAAGCAUGAGCUUAUUUUUCAAUUGCAUUCAGUUACAUAAAAAUGAGGUGUACUGCCAAACAGCCUCCUGUAGGCUUCCAAUCCACAUAGGGCUACCAAUUAGCCAAUCAUAUCCUUUUUUUGGCACCCCCAGAAAUGUUUUACAUUUUGUGUUGCUCCCCAACUGUUUUUACAUUUGAAUGUGACACACGGGUAAAAAAGAUUGAGCACCCUGUCUUAAGCACUGGAGAGAAAAUUUCAACAUGAAAUAGUCACAAGAAUCACAAUAAGUACUUAACUUACAGCCAUUCGUUACCAGUAGAGUAUAUAAUGUCGAAUGUGGGAAGCAUAUUUCUCAUAAAAAAACUUCCUCUCCAGUUAAUAUAAAUAUUCUUGUAAAUAUUACAGUUAGUAUUUGACAAUUUAUCUUUAUGAUAUGUAGACUCACAAACCAGUAAACUUCAAAAUGGAGUGCC